AUGGCCAUCCUCAAAGAAGGACCAAUGGCCUGCGCCAGAGCAAACGAGGGCAGAUUCAAAGCCGAGCUCAUCCAGCGCAAGAACGCAUGUGCCAACCUCCUCACCGAACACAACCAGCGAACUCCAGACGUGAUCUGGGAGCCCAAAGACGGAGAAGGUCACGAGCCCUUCUCUGCGGGAGACAAGGCCAAAUUCAAGCUCGUCAUGACCGUGACCUACGAGAACGGCAAACUCGUCUGGCCCCCGAAAUUCACGCGCCUGGGUGACGAACUCGUCUACCUGGCAACCAAGUUCUUGAAGGUCAGCGAGCGAGCAGCCAACUAUCCGUAUGAUUUCAAUGAACGCGGUGAUAUCCGCGAGGAGCGUGUUCCUUCCGGUGUCUCGCCGAUUGCAUGGGCUCACGGGUUGCCCUUCUUCCCUGUUUUCAAGGGCUAUUACAUUCUCUGUGGACGUGAGAAUGCACGCUGGAUCGGAUGGCUUCUGAAUAAGAAGGAGCACCGGACUACGGUUGUGUACCCCAUGUGGACGAUUGGGCCAGUCGUGGCGCCUGGUUCGGCUGUGAAUCUGCCUCGCACUGUGAACCGCCAGAUGCAGCUGCAUGUGCCCAAGAGUGCGAAGGAGGUGGAGAAGAAGUGGGAGAAGAUUGAUACUGCCCGUGACGUUGUCUCGACGGCUCAUCAUAUGUUGUCUGUCGUGCCCAAGACUCCGUCGAAGGGAUUCAUUCUCGCUCCUAUCUAUCAUGUUGAUGGGUACCAUGUGCGCUGUGGACCGAAGAGUAUUCACGGUGGGAAAGGUCUGGAAAUUGGACGGCGUACUUUGUCGAAUCACGGAGUGAAGGAUUUCGACUACGAUGCCUCGCUGAAGAAACCCUAUGUCAACGAGGAGAACCCCGCGGCUAUGCACUCGGAUACCAGUGAUGACACCGAGGAAGAGGAAGACUCGGACGAUACAGAGGCGAUGAGCGGCAUGGAAGAGGGCGAUGGUGAAGACGGUCGUGACAAUGCCUCGUUUGUCCUCUCUUCAGAGGAGAGUUCCGAGGCUGGCGAUAUCGUCGAGGAGCCUCCAAAGAAGAAGCUCAAGAAGGAUGUCACUGCCUCUACCCAGACUGAGAUGCAGCCCCCGGCAUACGAGCAGACCGCGCACUCCUCCAAUGACUUCAGUGCUGCCGGAGCCGUGCAGAAUCUCGAUGCGCUCAUGGCUUCCAUUAGUGAUGAGAGCUACCAGCAUUCCGAGUCUCAAGGUGACUCCCUCGCCGUCGAGUGCCACAGCGAAGCUACAACGAUCAUCAAUCCUCGCUCCGCCACCGAUACCAACAGCAGCCCUGAAAGCGUAACCGCCGGCCCUGCCUACAGAGACCAAGCCAUCCAGACCACGCCCAUCGUGCCAGGCACUGUCAUCGAGCAUUUCAGCAGCACGGGCGAUAUCAACAUCACUCUAGUCCGCGACACUGUCCAUGGCAACGGGGACCUCACCAAUGUCAACGAGCGCGCAACCCACCACACCGAAAAUGUUCUCCACCGCAUCAAUACCUUCGACGAGGACGAGGACAAAGAGAACCGAGACCCACUCCUCAGCGCUUACAACACCCAGACCGACGAUUCCAACAUCGACCCAUCUCUCAGGGAAGUCCCCCAGCACGCGGACACGGACAUACUGGAAGACUGA